UAUCACUGAAGUGCCAAUGAUUUAGUCCAUAACUAUUCCACAAAUACGACACAUUUCCAUGUGACGAUAUCAGGAACAUUUGAUGCAUGAACAACGGAACGUCCAUCGUGCAGAAGGAGCGAUGAAUCGGCUCUGGGUAGAUUUUCGCACAGCAAGGACGAGAAGAGAUUGUUGAUGGCUUUGGGAGGCGACAAUCUUAGCAGUGGGAAGAUCAUGGCUAAUAAAGAUGACUCAAUAAUUAUUGGUGAUGAUAUGAUCGCAUGUUUACAUUGUCAAAUUUAAAUUAUUAAUGUAUUUAUUUUAAUACUUUCUUAAUGCUGUUCAUUUAGUAUUGGACGAGUGGCCCAGCACUGAAGUGAGCGGCUGCAUGCGGAAGGUUGCGAGUUCACUUCCUAGUUUUGGGUUGACUCGGCCCAUCAUCCCUCCGUUGUCGAUAAAAUGAUUACCAAUUCGUGGAGAAUUCAGCAGCGGUUUUCCUCAGUAUGGACUCGCCCCCCUCAUAGGAACGUGGAAUUUCCACCACUGGCCGAGGGCUGCGAACGGGUGAGCACUGCCCUCGAAAAGGCUAAUUUGAGGAAUAACUACUUUGACAUUUAUAACAGACGCAUAAAUAUUUUUUGGAAAUGUCUUAGUGUCUGCAUGUGGUUAUCUGGCUUGACCACUUGAAUGUGAAGUUGUUUCUCUCCACAAUAGAGGUGUUUUUUUGGGUUAAAUCGCGAAUUAACCCCCCUCCCCGCCAAAAAAAACAUCCCCCUCUAUUAUGGAUAAUAUUGGUCGCGAACGCCUCAGUGUUCAACGGACUGUUGCUCUUCAUCGACAUCGUCGGCCGUACGGAAGGAAAAAAAGUGGCGCCGAGGGAUGGGCUUGGAGGGAGGGAGGAGGAGCAGCAGCAAGAAGGAGGCUGAUUGCGGUGCUGAUGCGGGUGCGAGGACCGCGUAGAGCGACGUCGCAACCGAGGUAGAGCGUAAAACCCUUUGACGCCGAAGGAGGAGGACUUAGAGGGUGCUGGGCAAAAUCCCGGAUCGCAUGCGCUUCGGACUGAGAGCACGGGGAGGGGGUGGGGGGUGUCACUGCGCUGCGUUAACGAGGCGAGAGCGUGGGUGAGGAAGACGUUAGCGGCUCCAGGUAACGUACUGCGCGAACGGCACUUGGCCCCCCAAAAGUGCGUUGAGACUACACGGGGGAGUUUUGGUUUUGUGCACGGCGUGCCCGCGUGUGUUCGUGUGCGAGAGGGCACUGCGCGUCGAACGCGUGUCCUGUGUGUAUGUGCGCCGAUAUAAGCGUCACGUAUGCAGGAUGGGUCAUAUUACUGUAACUGCUGGGCAUCUGUGAAAAAGAGGUUUACAUCUCAUCGGAUUCCUCCACUGUGAAUGCACAUUCUGAUUGCUGAUUUUAAAACGAGCACACCUGUGUACGCGUUUAUGUCAUGCGUGUUUAAAAAAAAGCGUCACGACAAUGAUGAUGAUGAUGCUGCUGCUGCUCUUGAUGACCACACAGGUAACUACUGGGCAUCGUUCAGUGUCCACGCACUGCUGGCGUAGGGCUCGCGCUGCAUGGACAGGUGAAAUGGUGUGGAAGUUAUCAUGGAAUCAAACGGACCUGCGCUUCAGAUCAUUAAACGCAACAAGAUAAUCAUUCAGAAGUGUCUACAUGGGAAUCUGCACACAGCACUUGAUCAAUCAUGUCAGGAAAGUAUGGUUACGGACGAUGAAUACAAGACUGUUUUUGCUGAAGCUAACCCCGUGAAACAAGCACGGUAUCUUGUUAACCUGAUUAUUGACAAGGGGGAGACGGUCUGUAUGAAGUUUCUGCAGGUUGUACUGGUGCCACUGAGAUCAGAAAGCCAUCUCUUGGAUGAGUGGAUCACCGUGAAUGAAGAGGAGCUGCUUGGAAUGGGCAUCAGAGUGAACAACACCGAGAACCAUGUCAUCCGUGGAGAAGCUUUCCGAAAACAUAUGAAUAAAUACAAAACGUAUUUGAAUAAGCUAACUGCGGUUUCACAUGACUACAAUUCGUUGCCUGGAGAAUUCACAUACUUAUCAGAGAAGAUGGUUAGUCCUGUGCUGGUGCAUUACUACCACAGGGAUGAAAAGAAGACGCAUGAGUUCCUUGGAAGAGCCAAUGACCACGAGAGGAUGAUGCAGGAAGCAAAUUGCAAUGGGAUCACCUACCUGCAACUCUUUGAUCCGAUGGAAUCAAACGGAGAGAUACCUCGUCUGGUCGUUGUGGUCGGAGUCCCUGGCAUUGGUAAAACCACCAUGAGCAAAUUCAUUGUGAACAGAUUGUCAACAGCUGGCGACAUCGUAUUUGAUCAAAAAUUCAAAAAUGUUGUCUACGUACGAUUCAGAGAGCUGAAUGAAAUGGGUGAAGUGUCACUCAAGGAUCUGUUUGGAAACGUACAUGCUGACUUGGGAAAGGUGGCUCAUGAAUUAAUUGAAGACCCAGCAAAGUUAUUGUUUAUAAUGGAUGGUUUGGAUGAAUUUGGAAGGUGUCUUGAUUUAUCCAAGGCUUGUAAUGAUCCAUACAAGAAAACAUAUGUAGAAGCCAUCAUUGCUGGUUUGGUGACGGGAAGGCUUCUGCUCGAAUCCUCCAUCCUGAUUACAACGCGACCCCUAGCGAUGGAGAAGCUGGAUGAAGCAAAAGUGGACCGCGCUGUUGAAAUCGCCGGGUUUUCUGUAGACGAGAGGAAAUCAUUUUUCCCCAAGUUCUACAAAGACAACGUGCUAGGUGACAGAGCAUAUCAGCUUCUGGAGCAAAACACACUCUUGGGUAGUUUGUGCUACAAUCCUUCAUUUUGUGAGAUGGCAGCAAUAACCAUUGAGGAUCAAAUAAAAAAUACAGGUACACCUGAGUUUUCCCCACAAUCUACAACUGAACUGUUCACACGUUAUAUCUUUGUCCUCAUCAAGCGCCAUAGAAACAAAGCAGCAGGGGAAAAACACAUUGCGUCUAUUGCUAAAAUGGCUUUAGAAGGUGUUCAAAACAACUUCCAGAUAUUCACACAAGCACACCUACAAGAGUUUGAGAUUGAAGCUGAUGAAGUUUCAAGCACAUUUAUCAAUAAUGUGUUUAAAUGUGAUGGCGUAAAGCGUGAUACAUGCUAUUCAUUUUCCCACCUGACACUUCAAGAAUAUUUUGCGGCCUUAAGUGUAUAUUUGCAACCAACACAUUCAUUCUUCAGACAGCUAGUGGAUCGAAUACGUCCAUCAAAAUAUUCAGUUUCUAACAUACUAAUGAAUAUGAACAAUGAACCAGACGGACGGUAUGACGUGUUUCAGAGGUUCAUUUGCGGACUGGCAUCCAACACUCCCUGGAAGAUCUUAGAAGGCGUCCUUUCUGGGCCAUCGGCUGGUUCUCAAAACAAGGUCAAGGAAUGGAUCAGAUACAACAUAGUGAACCACAUGGGAGACAAACAGAGGCUCAUCAGUCUGCUUCAUUGCCUGUAUGAGCUACAAGACCCAAAGGCCUUGAGUAAUGUCACUCGAUCCAUGACAGAGAUUGAUUUUUCACACACAAAGCUGUCACCGCUGGACUGUACUGCAGUCUCCUGGCUUCUGCAGUAUCGAGAUGAACUAUUGGAGAAAGUUGACCUAGAGUCAUGCGGAAUCGGCACUGAAGAAAUCAAGAGACUCCAGCCUGGACUGCACAAGUGUAAAGCAUUGUGGCUUGGUGGAAACGACCUGAAGAAUGAGGGAGUAAGGAUCCUGGCGAACGGGAUGAAGGGGAUAGAUGGGCAAUUGGAAGUCCUUUUCCUGAUCGGCUGCUCACUGACAGAUGAUGUAGGUCCGGCACUCCAAGGCAUCAUCAAGGCCAACAAAGGAUUGAGGGAUCUCAGGCUGAGCGGCAACCAGAUAAGAGACGCAGACUUCCAGCUCCUGGCGCAUGGAAUGGCGCGGAGAGAAGGGCGUUUGGAGACGUUGCAAAUUAAUUACUGCGCAUUGACGGACCAGUCAUGCCGUGCAGUGCGUGACAUCAUCAGGGCCAACUCAUGCUUGACGAGUCUCUGGCUAGGUGGUAAUAAGCUCAAAGACCAAGGAAUCAAGCUCCUAGCGGAAGGGAUGGCGGGGAGAGAAGGACAUUUGAAAGAGUUAUUCUUGCAGGAAUGCUUGCUGACGAGCAUGUCAGGUCCUGCACUCCACGACAUCAUCUAUGCGAACCCAGGCUUGAGGGAACUCUGGUUGAGUGGCAAUGACUUCCGUGCAGAAGAGAAGAUGGAGUUGAAGAGCAAAUGGACUCACAGAGAAGAUCUGAAGAUUACAUUUUAAUCUGAGAAUACCCAGACGUUGGCAAACUAACUCAGAGCAGCUCCGUUAAUUUCAUUUAAGUGGUUUUAAGCAAUUGGAGAUAUCCACCAGAGAGACGCAAUCAGAACAGACAGAUGUUAAAAGCUGGACAAAAUGUAAAUGCUGCGCUAAACUUGAACUUCUUUCACACCAUACGUAGCCAACUAUGCUAAUAGGAGGUGCAGGGGGAAGAAAACAUAAUAUCUACGUAUAAAUAAUUAAACAAAGAGAGUUCAUUCAAUAAAGAGGUGGAAAAGAGCAGAUUGGAGCGCUUUUGAAACUGGAUAAUGUAUGCAACAUAGCCAUGUGAAGUAGAACGUCUUUGAUUAAUCACUCUCUGCUAUGACACAUGAAUCAAUAACAUGGUCGUGAAUGAAAUAAUUUAAACUAAAAGUUAACACUGUACAAGGUAGCAAGGGUAGAUGUUUGCUCAGAAUCGCAUUGAAGCAGAAGGGGGGGUGACAUGUUUUAGAUAACACAAGCAGGUGACACGCACCGUGAAAUGUGUUGCAGUGAACGUCAACCGCGGAGAAUGGAGUGAUAGACUCGGCUUCGUGUGCCGGUGCUAGGCGCAUUGUUACAAGAAAGGAUCGUGACAUAUCGCGAUGGCGUGGGGGAGACCUUCAUCCAGCAGUGGAUAGAGCACGGUUGAUGAUUGAUGAUCAACGCUGGCCCCCGAGCUGCUAUUGACGAAUGUGUUGGGUAGUUUGUUUGUUUGACAAGCUGGUGCCGAGUUGACAGACACGCAGUGGCGUCUGUAAGCUGCGCGUGAAGGCGACGCUGCAGGUGAUUCGGUGAAGUGUGUUAGAUCAAUGUACAGACUCGUGUCAAGCCAUACGGUUCACCCAUAUUCUUGGUGCAGGGAAGUUGAGGUCCACACGGCGUACAGGCGUUUCAAUACGGGCAAAAAUAUUUUUUGGGGUCUGUUUGUGUUUCUACCUUGUUAUGGGGACUUUGUAGGAUUAACGUUGAGAUUUAUAAGGGGCACGGGGUGACCAAUAAGGUCUGAAUUGGUCUGUAAUAAUCAGGUAGGCACUGACAAGGCGUCGAUAGGUAUGAAUUUACACGUUUCUUUGUUAUGCGCCCGCUAUUGGCACGACGCGCCCCAGCGCGUUGGGCAGUGGUGUGCGCGGAUCGCGCUGCCAAGCGAAUCGUUCGUCGGGGAAGCGAGGUUUUUGUCGCGAUUCCUGAGGUGCAGUAAGGCAACCGCAAGCCUCGGGCAUCUCCUUCUCGUGUGCCAAUCUUUCGUAGAUCCUCUCCGCGCCAGCGUUUGUCUUGUGCACGGAUUUGAAGGCGCCACCAUCUCCAACUCCGUCGUCCGAUUACGACGACCCACCCCCACUUUGUCUGUCUCUCUCUCUCUCUCUCCAGUGACCCCACCACUCUCCACUCCUCCCCCCCACCUGACCCCACAGUACGCCACUGCUCAAGCAUCUCAGCACGUGUCAAAACUAGAUUCGGAGCUUUCGUGCCUGCAGGAAUGACUCUUUGGUUCUUUCGGCAAAGUCACGUGGAAAGAAAUUAAAGAACUCCUCCCCAAUCGAAACGUCGUUUUCUAUUACUAUUUAAUUUAAAUGAUUUCUACGUGACUUUACCGAAAGAACCAAAGAGUAAUCUCAGUACGUGUCAAGAAAAAAACUUUGUUUGCAAUAACUUUAUUUUUUUAUACUCGUUAUUUCAAAUCGGCUGUGGCUAUAUUUAAUGGGUGCAUGGUCGUGUCGUAAAUAUAAUAUGUACUGUAACCAGUGAAAUAUGUAUGCGUGAGAAUGAGGUUCGAGAGCGUGCUGUCCCUAAACAUUUUCUUUAUUAUGGGAAAAUUUUGUUCAAUUUACGCGAUUUUGAGUUACGUGCCGUUUUUCAGGAACACAACCCCCGCGUAAAACGACAAGUAGCUGUAGUUUAUUCACUCCUUCCUUACUUCGGUUCGCCAAUGCUAUCAAUGUACAUAUUUUGUUAAUCUAUAGCGCAUACAGCUGUAGCAACUGUUCAGUAUAAUACAUUAUUGACAUGUUAAAGUUUCAGGAGAGAACGGAAAAACGUUCAUGUUCACUUAAUAAUUGCUCAAUUAUGUCAUGAAAACGUUCCUUAACCCUCGCAUUUAGUUAACACAAUGACAAUAACGAAUCCCAAAUGAUUAUUCACCAAGACAUUUACAAUGUAAUACCACCGCAAACAUUGGUAGUUCAUCUGUGUCCCCAUCAGAUGAUGCUGGAUGUAAUUACCAGCUAAACGUCGUACUCAGAUUGUAAAUGUUGUGGAUUUACUCUCCAACACACCGGUGGGCUGAAGUAGUAACUAUUUGGCGUUUUGUUUACGUGACAAAUC